AUGCUGCACCUGAAAGUCCAGUUUCUGGAUGACUCCCAGAAGAUCUUUGUAGUUGAUCAAAAAUCCUGCGGAAAAGGGCUGUUCAACCUCACCUGUAGCCACCUCAACCUUGCGGAGAAGGAGUACUUUGGGCUGGAAUUUCGCAGCCAGGCUGGGAACCACGUCUGGUUGGAACCACUAAAACCCAUAACAAAGCAAGUCAAAAUGGACCCCGGCCAUCUGAGAGAAGAGCUGACCAGGUACCUCUUCACCCUCCAGAUCAAGAAGGACCUGGCACUGGGGCGGCUGCCCUGCAGCGACAAGAGCGCGGCGCUGCUUGUCUCCCACCUGCUGCAGUCCGAGCUGGGCGACUUCCAUGAAGAGACGGACCAGCAGCACUUGGAGACCCACAGGUACCUGCCCAACCAGGAGUACCUGGACAACAAGAUCAUGCACUACCACCGAAGACACAGCGGGAAGACGCCAGCUGAGUCGGAUGUUCAGCUGCUGGAUGUGGCCAGGAAGCUGGACAUGUACGGGAUUCGUCCGCACCCCGCCAGUGAUGGCGAGGGGACGCAGAUCAACCUGGCCGUGACGCACAUGGGGGUGCUGGUCCUGCGGGGCAAUACAAAGAUCAACACAUUCAACUGGUCCAAAAUUCGUAAACUGAGUUUCAAGAGGAAGCAUUUUCUCAUCAAGCUCCAUGCAAACAUCUCUGAGCUGUGCAAGGACACACUGGAGUUCACCAUGGCGAGUCGAGACACCUGCAAGGCUUUCUGGAAGACGUGUGUGGAGUACCAUGCCUUCUUCCGGCUGUCUGAAGAGCCCAAGUCAAAGCCCAAAGCCCUUCUGUGCAGCAAAGGCUCCAGUUUCCGUUACAGUGGGAGGACACAGAGGCAGCUGCUGGAGCACGGGAGGAAGGCGAAGAUGAAGAGCCUGCCCUUUGAAAGGAAGCACUACACGUCCCGCUACGAUGACAGACAGUGCCGCUCCUCUCCGGACCUCCUGACGGAUGUCUCCAAGCAGGUGGAGGAGCUGCGCUUGGCCUAUGGUGGCCGGGGCUCCUACCAUGCCAAUGGGGUGCAUGCCUCCGAGCCCACACUGGACGGCCGGCGCCGGAGCUCUGCCGUGGAGGUGACAUUUGCUGCCGAGCUGGAGCGCUCCAAGCCCGAAGCGACCCCCACCUUCCUGCCCCACUCCAAAAGCUCGUCCACCUUCCCCCUGCUCUACGACAAGCUGGAGAUGGAGCGGGCAUGGGAGCCCAUCGACCUCUUCAGCACCAGGAACCCUUUGACAUCCUUUCGGCCCCACCACCAGUUCACUGCAAACAGUAGAAGCACCUCGGUGGGCAACAUGCGGGAGGUGAGCACCCGGCCGCUGGUGUACACAGAUGUGCCGUGCCCCCUGCCCAUGGCUGCCUUGGCCCCGCAAGUCCUCUUCUACCUGGACAGGCCCCCGGAGCCCCCGUGCCAUGCACCAGUGCCCAGCGAGGACACAGCAGGACCAGUCAGUGGAUGUGGCCCCAUGUCAGCAAACCCCCCCAGGCAGAGCCCGAGUGGGAGCCAGGCCGACGAGUUUCAUCGGGAGGCUGCAUGCAUGGCAGUGGACACGAGCGUGGCCCCGGUGGGGGAGAGCAGGUCACUGGCUCACUCCUUUGAUUAUGGCCUUCAGGAGCAGCCUCCCAAGAGGUCUUGGAGCCAGUCGGACAUGAAAACCAUCCACUUCCCCUAUGGCUCUGAGUUCAGACCCCUGGGGCCGUGCCCCAUGCUGAGCAGCCGGAAAGCAGGUGUCUUUCGGCACGUGCCGGCCCAGCAAGGGCUGGCGCUGGGGCCACGGUGCUCUGCCGAGCGCUACGUGGGCAGCAGCACCGAGUCCAGCGACUCCGACUCCGACCUCCUGGCUGCUGACUACUGCUCCCUGUAUGGCCGGGUGCUGCGGUCGCCCAUGGCCCGGGUGCGGCUGUCCUCCGGCAGCCUCCAGCUGGAUGAAGAGGAUGAGGAGGUGUCCUUCGCCACCGGUGCCGCUGAAGAGAGGACUUCCAGGGCGGCCUCUGGGUAUUUCACCUAG